UGAUAUCAGCCAGCUCAAGAGGCUGCCUGCACAAACAGUGUAGUUUACUCUUACACUUCUAUCUCUAUCUGCCAGAUUUUAGGCUAUAUUUACUCCACAUCCCACACGUUAUACACUAUAUUAAUACAGGACCAUGCACAUAUAGGGGCAAGUCAUGUUUUGCAGCUGUGGAAUAAACAGAGGAUAAAGAAAAGGCAGACAAAAAAAAUUACGUAGGGCAACACGACAGAGACUUUGAAAUGUGAACGAGACUGUGAAAUGUGACAGAGGUUGGCAUUUGAUCUGUUACGUAAUCCUUCUCUCGUGUAUCUGUUCAAUGCUGUAGGUCAAACGUCUACUACCUGUAUUGACUAUCGUAUAUUCUGUAGCGAGAAAGAGAGAAAGAGGAAGCUAGCAUAUGGGUGAUCAGGAUGCAUCAACUGCCUGGUUUACGUGCUCAAAUAUUGUGCAGUGCUAUGUACGAUCAACAAGGAAGGAGCUACUUUCAGAUUGAUAUUAGAGAUGUGAAAGCCAUAUGGAGGCAGGGCAAAUCACAAGAGACCAUAUGGAAUCAAUAAUAUAGCAAGAGAUAUACAAAUUAUGAGGAGCUUGUCUCCAUGGUUUAUUGCUAUUACAUUCUACACAGAGCUCAAUAUUUGGAAAAAAAGGAGAAAUCACAUGGUUUAAACUGCAGAGUUAACUGAUAUCUAAAGAUUCCAUAUACAUAGUUAUUAAUUUAGUCACUAUUUGAAAAUGGCCUAAGCAAGCAUGAUGGUAAUCAAUGGAAAAGGUCAGAAUAUUUCAGGAUUAUAAUAGCAUUUGCAAAACGUUUCAAAAUACAAGUUUUUUCUGAAAGUUCAAUAAUUUAAAAAUAAGGACUAGUAUUAGUUUCUGAACAGUUUCAAAACAAAUAAAAAAUGGCCGCUUGCAGUGAGCUCAUCAUCCCAGACAAUCUCCUGACUUGUAGCAUCUGUUUGGAAGAGUACAGGCAUCCACAGAUACUUCCCUGUCAGCAUAUAUUUUGCCUAGUUUGCAUAAAUACCCAUGGCCAAAAUUCUAAGCCUGACCUCAACAUGACUUGUCCAUUGUGCAGGACAAGGGUUAGUUUUGGUGAUAUUCGACCACUCUGGAAAAAUAUAGCCUUCCCAAGAAAAUGUGAGUCUUUGACGGUGAAACUACUUCAAAAUGACCAACAAGGAAUAAAAAAUCACGGAGAUUAUGAUUGUAGCAAUAGAUCUUUCCACUGCCUUUCAAUGGAGCUUCCUAUAUUCAAAGAGAAAUCAGUCCUUCUUCAUUCCUUUAUUGCCAAACUAACAGAUGACACCAAGAAAUGCUGUUUGACUGGGAUGGACGCAAAUGAACAAUACUUAUAUAUUGUUGAUACAAAACUAGAUUCCAGUACCGGAAACCAGAAAAUCAAAAUAUUUUCACCACAAGGUCACUUGAGGUCAAGUUUUGCACUUGAUGACCCCACAGAUGUUGCUAUAUUGCAAGACGGAAAUGCAUGUGUGGUUAACUAUAGCCAAAAGAUCAUCCACAAUAUCAACACGACUAAGCAACAGAAUGUUACUAGAUUUGGCCAGCAGAAAUUCCAGGUGCCUUAUUCUGUGACAAGAAACCGACAGGGAAAUAUCAUGGUAUGUGACAGAAAGAGAAGAAGCAUUUUCAUUUUCAAUCCACACAAUGGGACAUUUCUGAGCAGAAUCUCCCUGCCAAUGUGCUCUACUCCAGUUUAUUGCUCGUCAAGCCCAAUCAAUGAUGACAUCCUGGUUUCCGACUACUCAUGCCACUGUGUGUACCUCCUGACACCUAGUGGCCAAAAUAUUUUCCAAUAUGGCAUCCCGGGUCACCCUGGAGCAGACGAUGGCCAACUUAACAGCCCCUGUGGUGUCUGCUUUGACAAUUUUGGAAACAUUUUCAUUGCAGAUACCUGGAACCACAGGGUAGUAAUGGUGAGCCCACGUGGGACACUCGUUAAGUACAUAGCUUCUGAGGAAGAUGGCAUAACUUUGCCAAGGACUGUGGUAGUAUUGGCAGAAACAGGGAAACUAGCAAUGGCUGAGCAAGAUGGAAACAUAAAGAUUUAUCAGUAUUUGGAAUAGCAAGCAAAGCAAAACUAAUGAAUACACAUUUAUAGGUAUGCUCAACAGUUGUCAGAGCAGAUGAGGUAUAAAAUAUUUUGAUCAGAAGUAAAGUUAUGUUUUUGUUUUCCAACAUCACACAGGCAGCAGAACAAGGUGUGAAACAAACCCAACUUGAAGGCUAUCAGUUUUAAUAAAAAAUAUGGACUAGAUAAACAUAAGACACAAAAUUGAUUAAUUCAGAAAUAUUUUUUAGAUUAUAUCACUAGAAGUCCCUUUGAUGGCAUCUGUUGAUGCAGUAAUUAUCUCAGAUGCAUCUAUUAACUGCAUUUGUUAUUUGUUUGAGAAGGACCAUGGCACCAGUGGUUGAAAGCUCAUUAACUUACUUUGACGCCAUCCAAAGAAAAAUUCAAUUAUAUAAGUCAAUUUCAUUUUUAUACUGGAUAUGAUAACUUCAUCACAGGGGUAAAGAACGUUUUUUUUUACUUAC